CUCAUGCAGCAGUGCCUCCUUUCUUGACCUACUCUCCAGUUCUCCAGUGCUCACAGGUGAGCCCAACAGUUACUGCUCAUGAUGGAGGCCAUCAAGAAAAAGAUGCAGAUGCUGAAACUGGACAAGGAGAAUGCUUUGGAUCGGGCAGAGCAAGCGGAAGCUGAGCAGAAACAGGCAGAAGAAAGAAGUAAACAGCUGGAAGAUGAGCUAGCAGCCAUGCAGAAGAAGCUGAAAGGGACAGAGGAUGAGCUGGACAAGUAUUCUGAGGCUUUGAAGGAUGCCCAGGAGAAGCUGGAGCUGGCUGAGAAGAAAGCAGCUGAUGCUGAGGCUGAGGUGGCCUCCUUGAACCGCAGGAUCCAGCUGGUUGAAGAGGAGCUGGACCGAGCUCAGGAACGCCUGGCCACUGCCCUGCAAAAGCUGGAGGAGGCAGAAAAGGCUGCUGAUGAGAGUGAGAGAGGUAUGAAGGUUAUUGAAAACCGGGCCUUAAAAGAUGAAGAAAAGAUGGAACUCCAGGAAAUCCAGCUCAAAGAAGCUAAGCACAUUGCAGAAGAAGCAGAUCGGAAGUACGAGGAGGUGGCUCGUAAGUUGGUGAUUAUUGAAGGGGACUUGGAGCGUACAGAGGAACGAGCUGAGCUGGCAGAGUCUAAGUGUUCUGAGCUGGAGGAGGAGCUGAAGAAUGUCACCAACAACCUCAAGUCUCUUGAGGCUCAGGCGGAGAAGUACUCUCAAAAAGAAGACAAAUAUGAGGAAGAGAUAAAGAUUCUUACGGAUAAACUUAAGGAGGCAGAGACACGUGCUGAAUUUGCUGAGAGAUCAGUAGCCAAGCUGGAAAAGACAAUUGAUGAUUUGGAAGAUGAACUCUAUGCCCAGAAACUGAAGUACAAGGCCAUUAGCGAGGAGCUGGACCACGCCCUCAAUGACAUGACCUCUAUAUAACAAUCACCGUUUCUGCCCUGUUCUGGAUCUGCCCCCCUUGCUUCGGGGGACCCAACACCCCACUCUCACUCUGGAUUCCAUUUGGGCCAGCCUAGCUGGUCCCCAAGGCGUUAAAAUGAGUUGGGGACACAAAACAAUUUGUGUUCUCUUCCAUCCACCCUAAAUUAAAAUGUUAAGCUGCCA